AUGAGACCAUGCAGCCUGCCAAGCCUGCCAAGCCGUCCUUCCUGGAGUACUUUGAGCAGAAGGAGAAGGAGGCGAACAUUCAUAACGACGGAGGAGGAAAAGGACAAAACAACGCCGAUAAUCUUGAAGUGGUAAGCACGUGGUCGGUGGAGGAUCUGCGGCUGAAGCUCGCCUCUCUGGACCCUCAGAUGGAGCAGGAGAUCGAGGAGAUCCGCCAGCGCUACCAGGCCAAGAGGCAGCCCAUCCUCGACGCCAUCGAGGCCAAAAAACGAAGGCAGCCGAACUUCUGAAGGAUUUCUCUCACGUUUUCCGCAGCAGUUUGGAGGAACGUCACCGAGGCUGCUGGAGUUUCUGCGUGAUGUGACGUUUGGGGAGUGAGGAUUAUCGGUUGGACGUCUGCCUGCUGAUUUCUUGGACCUUUGUCUAAGACAAACUGUAGAAAAGCUGUUCAGCUGAAUAUCAUUGACAUUUAUUUUGUCUGCUUGAGAUCCACGAUCCUUCUGUUUGUGGCAUUUCUUUUCAUUUCAGUAUCACCAGCAGCAGUUUUGGACUCGAGUUUCUUUCUGCUUAUUUCAAGCUUGCACACAGUUUCUUUAAGGAGGUGAACAUACCUGUAAUCAUGUGGUACAUCAUCAUUUGAACUGCUGACUGUUCAACUUCGGUACUCGUCUAUUACUUAACUUCUUGCCAUCGUUGUUGGUGAAGCUGCUGAGCUUUUCUAGGUUUCUGCGUCAGACAGCGAGGUGUUUUAUAGAACAGGAUGAAUCUUCAUUCUUGAAAAAUGCACAAACAUGUAACAUGGACAGUGGAUAAAACUGGGU